CACAACAAAUUUAGUUUCUUCUUCUUGUUUCUGUCUUAAUCCGAUUUUUGAUUUUUAUUUCCUCCACCACCGUGAAAUAUGAUUGCCGCCGGAGCUAAAUCGCUAUUAGGGCUUUCGAUUGCUUCUCCAAAAGGGCUUUCCGAUAGCAAUUCAAUGAGUAAUUCAAGAUCUGUUGUUGGUGCUCGUGCUUGUGUUUCUAUGGAUGGAUCACAAACUCUGAGUCAUAACAAAAAUGGAUCUAUUCCUGAGCUUAAAUCGAUUAAUGGUCACAAGGGACAAAAGCAAGGUCCUUUGUCUACGGUCGGAAACUCGACGAACAUAAAGUGGCAUGAAUGUUCUGUUGAGAAAGUUGAUCGACAGAGAUUGCUUGAUCAGAAAGGAUGUGUGAUUUGGGUCACCGGUCUUAGUGGUUCAGGGAAGAGUACUUUGGCUUGUGCUUUAAAUCAGAUGUUGUAUCAAAAGGGGAAGCUUUGUUAUAUUCUUGAUGGUGAUAAUGUUAGGCAUGGCUUAAACCGUGAUCUUAGCUUUAAAGCUGAGGAUCGUGCAGAGAAUAUUCGUAGAGUCGGAGAGGUUGCUAAGCUCUUUGCGGAUGCUGGAAUCAUCUGCAUUGCGAGUUUGAUAUCUCCUUAUAGAACAGAUAGGGACGCUUGUCGAAAUUUGCUCCCCGAGGGAGAUUUUGUCGAGGUGUUCAUGGAUGUACCGCUUGAAGUUUGCGAGGCGAGGGUUCCCAAGGGUCUUUACAAGCUCGCUCGUGCUGGAAAGAUAAAGGUAUCUCUUGAAAUGCUGUUGGUAAUUGUGUCUAUCAAUGAGAACCCCAAAUGACAUUACUAUUCCAGAUCAAUGGAAAAUAGAUAUUACACAACCUC